CGUAGACCAGAUCCGAGGGACUGCGGCAGGAGCCCCCCAUGAGGAGAAGCUCUGCCGAAAGAAAUACCGGUGAUGGCGGUGGUGCUGCGGAUGGCGAUGCCCACAGCAGGAGGGAUAGGAAGCCGAAUCCACGAGCAGCUCUGCUCCGAGCUCUAGCAGUGCUGCCGCUGUUGAACAUCGGGUCGCAAGGGCUGGUCCACAGCCCAGCCCCAACGCAUGGCUGCAGCAGGAGAAGGUUGCAUAUCACCACUGCUGGCAGUUCGCGUCUUUGGUGGGUCUCCGGUUUGGCCUCUAGGAAAAGGUGCCACGAGCGUGAAAGAGGCUUGCUGGGACGCUUCGCGAGCACCAGCAACGGCGUUGGCGAGGAUACCACGAGCACCGAUCGGGGUGAUGCUGCGCGGGGUGCUGACGUCCACACUCUGCUGAUCGACAACUACGACUCGUACACGUAUAACCUGUUCCAGCUGCUGGCGGUCGUCAACGGGCGGGCGCCCUUUGUCGUUUUCAAUGACGACGACGACGGGGAUUUGUGGAAAACCAUCGAGCGCAUGGGUCGCGUCCCGGACAACAUCGUCAUCUCCCCCGGCCCAGGAAGACCAGACGUGCCCAAAGACUUCGGGAUGUGCGCGCAAGCCCUGAGCGAGGCCGUCGACAUUCCCAUCCUGGGGGUAUGCCUGGGGCACGAGGGGCUAGGAUUGGAGCACGGCGCGACGGUAACCAGGGCGCCGGAACCUAUGCACGGACGCCUGUCGCCGGUCUUUCACGACGGGCAGGACGCCUUGUUUCGGGGGGUUCCGCAAGGGUCGAGGGUGGUGAGGUACCACUCCCUUGUGGUAGACGGGCACACUCUGCCUGCGGAGGGGCCGCUGAGGGCGACGGCCUGGACGGGAGACGGGGUGUUGAUGGCGAUGAGGCACGAGGAGCGGCCUCACUGGGGGGUGCAGUUUCACCCCGAGAGCGUGGGGACCAGGCACGGGUCGGACAUCGUCCGAAACUUCAGGGAUCUGACGGUCGCGUGGCAUGGAGGGCGGGGGGCGGCGGCGGCGAACGGGGGCGGCGUCGGUAUCGGUGGCGGUAUUGCUUCACCGACAGCGAGCAUGAGGCUACACAGAGGUUUGCCUAGCGGCAUGGUCAGGAACUUUUACGGUAAACCACGAGCGGAGCAGGAGACGGCGGCGAGGGCGUCGUCGGCUCUGUUCCCGCGCAGCAGCGAGGAGACAGCUGUAGAUAUUGUCAUCCCGGUAGUCGCAGACACAACGGCAGCAGCAUCGGUGCCUCUUCCAGAUCGCCGCCGCUCUCGUCCCGCUUCGAGAAGACGAAAGCCCUUUGUUUUGCUCGUGGAAGAGGUUGACAUGGCGGAGAUUGCCCUGAACGAUGGCGACGAGGGGCGCGGCCCAGGCGACAGCAGGCGAAGAUCGAGGUCCACCAUGCCAGACACUGAGCACGCGUUCCGCGUGCUGUACGGCGAUGACCGCACGGCGUGGUGGCUGGACAGCAGCAGCCAGCGACCGGGCCUGGCCGUCGACGGGCAGGCGAAAGCCCGGUUCACGUUCAUGGGCGGCGCUGGCGGCCCCCUCUCGCAGACCAUCGAGUGCUAUGGCAGGGGCCGGCUGGUGAUUCAGCACGCGGGGGGCGAAGAUGCGGUUGAUGCGGAGAAGGAUGGAAACAGACGGGAGGUGCGCGCCAACAUCAUGGACUACCUCAAGGCGGAGAUGGCCAAGAUGGGGCACGCAAACAGCCGAGAAGGCGACAGCGGCGGCAUCGAGAUUCACAUGGUUGGAAACGGAGAAGGGUCUAGUGAAGGCAUCCUAGGGGGAGAUGAUACUGAUGAUGACGGUCGGGCGAGUAAUGACGGGGAUAGGAGAGGGACACUUCCCUUCGACUUCGUGGGUGGAUUCGUGGGCUUCCUAGGGUAUGAGCUCCGCCACGAGGCGACGGACGUGAUGAGGCGCAGUGCGGGGGGUACCGAAUGGGACUGGCAGCCACUUGGCGGUGGGGAGUGGGAAGACUCUGCCUUUGGGGGAAAGGCGGCGGUCCACAGCGACCACGGUAGCUCGGGAGAAAGCGCGUCAACAGCGGUACCCGUUGGUAGCGGAGGAUGCCAUGCCGGGGUGAAUGGUUCCGCCGAUCCGCGGCACGGCGGCGGCGGCGGCGGCGGCGAUGUCCCCCUUGGCUUUCUGGUUUUCGUCGACAGGUUCGUGGCGUUCGACCACGAACAGGGGAAGGCGUUUGUUCUUGCUCUCUCGCAUGCCGAGACAUCGUCGAACGAUGAUGACGACGACCGCCGCAGGCACGACGCACAAGCGUCGGCCCCGACCUCCCACCCCGCGAGGGAUGACGCUCUGGACUGGAUUCGACGCACCGCGGCAUCUCUCCGCGGCUUGAGGCUGUCGCAUGGUGUUUGCGAGGGCGAUGCCGCAACGGGGACGAACCCGGCGGCAUUGAACGGGGCCGCCGGCAAAGUCGGCACGGCGUGCGCCAUGGACGUCCACCGCUCACGGUACGAGCAGAGCCUGGAGGAGAUCAUGCGCCUGGUCGGGGAGGGCGAGACGUACGAAGUUUGCCUGACCAAUCAGAUCGUGUGCGAGCGCCCGAAGGGGGCCGGGGCGUCGGCCACCCCCCCCCUGGAUCUGUACUCUCGGCUGCGGCGCUCCAACCCCGCCCCGUACGCGGCGUACAUCGUGCAUGACCCGAACAGGCGCCUUUCCUCCUCUACGGCUGAUGGCGACGCCGGUGCGGGAGGGGAAGCGGAGACAGGCGGAGGUGGUGGUGACGGGCCCGCGUUUGCUGUGUGCUGCUCCUCGCCCGAGAAGUUUCUUAAAGUCGACGGCGACGGAUGGGUGGAGUCCAAGCCCAUCAAAGGGACUGUCAAGAGGGGGAAGACCCCCGCCGAAGACCUUAUCCUAGCGACCGAUCUCGCGAAGGGCGAGAAGAACAUGGCCGAGAACCUGAUGAUCGUGGACCUCGUGAGGAACGACCUGGGCAGAGUGUGCCAGACUGGUUCCGUCAGCGUGCCGAAGCUGAUGCACGUCGAAAGCUACGCAACCGUCCACCAACUGGUUUCGACCAUCCGCGGACGGCUGAGGCCCGACUGCGGAGCCCUGGACGCCAUCGCCGCGGCGUUUCCAGGGGGAUCCAUGACCGGCGCACCCAAGCGGCGCACCAUGGAGAUCAUCGAUCGCUUGGAGCAGGGGAGGCCUAGGGGUGUGUACUCCGGAAGCAUCGGCUUUCUCGGGGUGGACGGAGCGGCAGAUUUCAACAUCGUCAUCCGAACCGCUGUGGUGACUCCGCAGAAUGUAACGGUGGGUGCCGGUGGUGCCGUGAUCGCCCUCUCCGAGGUCGACGACGAGUACGAAGAAAUGCUCCUCAAGGCUACCUCCGUCUUGGGAGCCCUCGGCCACAAGAACCACCCGGGGCGAGCCCCCCCCGCGGGAUCAGAGCCGACAAGAAGCGCAACAAGGCCGUCGUCGUCAUCGGAGUCGAAGAAAAAACGCGUCCCCGCCACAAGAGGAAGAUGACCGGGCGGGGCUCUUUUAAGACGUCGUUUAUCGUAGCAUGCACUUCAUUUCACUCUACUGCUGUACAAAGGAGUCGGGAACCUAAGGGUAGACCGAUGCAGUUUUGAUGACAUGCUGGGGCACCCGACUGUAUCACCUGUCGUAUUGUCAGUUGCAAGUACCCUACUGACGAUGUUGAUGUGGGAGGGGCGGCCGGGCGCACACGCAGUGUAGGUUUAAGAGAGUUUGGGUGCGUCGCGAAUUUUCUGAUGGAGAAAAACGUAUCUACUUAGAUGCCUUGGACAUUGUGCAACUAUGUCGCUUGGAGAGCAGAGGAUAGGCGCAACGUGCUGCACCGCAACCUCUCGAACAGGCGAAGAUGGAAAAUAAUGCUAAUGUUGAUAUUCAUUGGUUUCAGCCGCUGGCAACGGGCUUUUGUAUCCCGCGCCAUACAGUACGUAAAGUACUAUGCAUAUGUACGAUGAAACGGAGCGCUUUUUUUUGCUUUCCC